GGGACAUCGGGACUGCGGCGGCGCGGACAGCAGCGCAGCGGCGGGGACCACAGCGGCCCAGGGUCGGUCUGGGGUUCUAACAGCCGGCCCUGUCCUCCCAGCCGGCUUCGGGGAAGAUGCCAGAACAGAGCAAUGACUACCGUGUGGUCGUGUUCGGUGCAGGCGGCGUGGGCAAGAGCUCGCUGGUGCUCCGCUUUGUGAAGGGGACGUUUCGUGACACCUACAUCCCCACCAUAGAGGAUACGUACCGGCAGGUGAUCAGCUGUGACAAGAGCGUGUGCACACUGCAGAUCACAGACACCACCGGCAGCCACCAGUUCCCGGCCAUGCAGCGGCUGUCCAUCUCCAAGGGCCAUGCCUUCAUCCUGGUGUUCUCGGUGACCAGCAAGCAGUCGCUGGAUGAGCUGAGCCCCAUCUACAAGUUGAUCGUGCAGAUCAAGGGCAGCGUGGAGGACAUCCCCAUCAUGCUGGUGGGGAACAAGUGUGACGAGACGCAGCGGGAGGUGCACACACGCGAGGCACAGGCCGUGGCACAGGAGUGGAAAUGCGCCUUUAUGGAGACCUCAGCGAAGAUGAACUACAAUGUGAAGGAGCUGUUCCAGGAGCUGCUGACGCUCGAGACGCGCCGCAGCGUCAGCCUCAGCGUGGACGGCAAACGCUCCAGCAAGCAGAAGAGGGCUGAUCGCAUCAAGGGCAAGUGCGCGCUCAUGUGAGCCCGCCAGAGCCAGCUUGAGUCUCCCGGGCUCCUUCUCCCCUCCCUCCUCUCUCCUCUUAGUAUUCCUCUCCUCCCCACCCCUCCUCUCUCGCCUCUGCUCUUCCCUUCUUUGCUCCUGCUCCUCCCCCUCCUUCCUUCCUUUGCCUUGCCCCUCCCUCCUCUUCCCUCCAUCUCUCUUCCCUCUCCCUGUCCCCACCAGCCUACAGUAAGGUUGGGCUCCACCCCUGCCCCUUCACACCUCCAUAGCUUCAUCCUUUGCAGACCUCUCCCUCUAUAUCUCUCUGCCCCCACCCCCAAUCUAUCUGCACCCCACAACCACACACUGGAGGUUUGAUCCCUGUGGAUCUGAAAACAGGGACCCGGCUAAGGAACUGCUCGUCCCAGUCAGGGCCAGAGAGGCUCCCUUGCCUCUCCAUCUCUGUCCCUGUGUUCCCAGCCAUGCCCACUAUCCCUGUCCCUCACAUUCUAUCACUGUGACCUCUGGGGAGUGCCCAUUGACCUCAUCUUCCUUCACUAAUAUCUUAUUUCUUUCACCUGAUCCUGUCCUUUCCCUAUGACCUCUGACCUGUGGCCUUCCCUGGGUCCAGAACACCCCUGUCCUCUCCUGUCUGCACACCAGGGUGGAUGGGCCCGAGGGCUGGGCCUCAGGCACCAGGCAAUAAACACAGGGCCUGCAGCAAUGCCCUGGCCACUCCAAGUACCACCUCUGGAAUGGCAGACUCCCACAGCACAAGCCCAGGACUGUCCUUCAGGGGAGGCACACGGGAACCCUGAACCUGGAAUGUGGAGUGGCUGCCUGGACACUGCCCACCUGGACACCAGCCUUCUGCUGAGACAGAGACCUUGGCACAGUGGCCCCUUGACAGCCACCCCGACUGGGGGUUUGGGGUGCUGAGGAUGGGGUGCCCAGCUGAGAGUAUCAGCAAAGCCCCUGUGUGCGGUGAUGGGACCAGUGGCUGCUGCCCUAGGGCUCUGACAGAUCCUGAGCCCCUUUGCUGGUUACGUGUACCCCAGAGACUGUCCCCCAUGUCUGCCCUGAGUUACGGAGCCCCUGCGGUAUCUGCAAGACUGUCCAGGAGACUUGAGUGGCUCCUGGGCCUGUGCCCCACCCAUAGGAGGGUGACUUAGAAUUCUGUGUUCAUGUGCCUGUGUGUGUGGAUGGGUGUGUGUCUGUCUUGGGAUGGGGUGUUCUUGCACCACUUUGUGUUCUUAGUGAGACCACAGUGUAAGUGGCCAUGUGUGGAGGGGCACCUAGACAUUGUGGUAUGUCUGUGUGGCUCUGUGUUUUCAGGGUGGGUGACGCAGGCCUGUCUGACAGGCACCAGGUCCUGUUCCAGGCUGUGGGAAGCUGGCUCCUGGCUCAGAAGUGACAAAGCUGCAGUACAGAGGCCUCAGUGUGAGGUUAUGCCCUGACAGUGGCUGCAGACCAGGCUGUGGCUGGGCGAGCUGGGUCCUCGGGGGUGGGG